GCAGCCGACAGGGGUGGCAGCAGAAGCAAGUGCCUAAGAACUUGGCACUAUCCAUUCCAUCUUCAGGGGCCAAUCACCAUUCAGGGUGGCACACUUUUGCCCAAAAGUGCAGAACAACUUCAUUAUCAAGAUGUCUGACAUUGACUGGCUGCAUAGCUGCAGGGGCGUGUGCAAGGUAGAUCUCUACAGCCCAGUAAGACAACAAGAGCAAGAACGAAAAGUGAUAUGCUUUGUUGAUGUGUCCACCCUGAAUGUGGAAGAUAACGAUUGCGAGUGUGGUGCAGGUUCCAGUUCCGACUUCAGUUUUAACCUGCAGAAGCUAGAAGAUAAAGAGAUAAUUGUGAUCAAGGACACUGAGAAGAAAGACCAGUCUAAGAUGGAAGGAUCUGUGUGUCUUUUCAAACAAGCUCCCUCUGAUCCUUUAAUUGUCCUCAAUUGGCUCCUCAAUGAUCUCCAGAAGUAUGCCUUAGGAUUUCAACAUGCGCUCAGUCCCUCCACCUCUAGUUGUAAACAUAAAGUGGGAGACACAGAUAACAACUGUCAGAAAGCUGGGAACUGCUACAGUGUAUAUGCUGAUAAAUUAAGCAUUGAUCGUAUGGCAAAAGGACCUCAACGCCUCCAUAUAGAAUUGACAGCAGCCAAAAAUACCAACAAUAAUCAAAGUUCUUCAUCACCCAUAGCCAAGUCUUCCCAUACUCAGAGGGAAGUUAAUUCCCUUGAUGGGGAGUGUAGUAUGGAUGACCUUUCCUACUACGUCAACCGUCUGUCUUCUCUCGUAAUCCAGAUGGCCCGCAAAGAGAUAAAGGAGAAAUUAGAAAAUGGAAAUAAAUGCCCUCAUCAUUCACCAUAUUUGCCUGUUGGUGACAAAGGGAAAAGUAGCCCCCGUAGUCCUCUUAGUAAGAUUGCUUCUGAAAUGGCCCAUGAAGCGGUUGAAUUGACAUCUUCUGAAAUGCGUGGCACUGUGGAAGAGAAUAAAGAGGGAGGACAGAAAACCUUUAUGUAUGGUGAAUUAUCUAACAAGAGCAAAUGUGGAGAAAAACAACUGUUUCAGAGAGACAGUAAAGAAUUUGCAGAUUCCAUUAGCAAGGGGCUCAUGGUUUAUGCAAACCAGGUAGCAUCUGACAUGAUGGUCUCUGUUAUGAAAACUCUGAAAGUACAUAGCACUGGAAAACCAAUUCCAGCUUGUGUGGUCCUUAAGAGGGUGUUGUUAAAGCAUACGAAGGAAAUUGUAUCUGAUCUGAUUGAUUCCUGCAUGAAGAAUCUGCACAAUAUAACUGGUGUCUUGAUGACUGACUCCGAUUUUGUCUGCGCUGUCAAGAGAAAUCUGUUCAAUCAUGGAAAACAGAAUGCUGCUGACAUCAUGGAGGCCAUGUUGAAACGGCUUGUCAAUGCCCUUCUCGGGGAGAAGAAGGAGACUAAGUCUCAGAGUCUGUCAUACGCAACUUUGAAAACUGGAUCUCAGGAUGCUAAAUGCAAGAAUCAGAGCCUUGAGUUUUCAGCCAUGAAAGCUGAGAUGAAAGGCAAAGAUAAAGACAAAAUGAAGUCAGAUCCAUGUAAGUCUUUGACCAGCGCUGAGAAAGUCAGCGAGCACAUCCUCAAGGAGAGUCUGACCAUGUGGAACCAGAAGCAAGGAAAUCCAUGCCAGAUGUCCACCAAACUAUGUGCCAGUAAAGACGAGAAAAAAGAAAACCUUAGCCCUUCUACAGAUUCACUGGCCAAGGACCUAAUUGUGUCUGCCCUUAGGCUGAUUCAGUACCAUUUGACCCAACAAGCUAAAGGUAAAGACACACUUGAAGAAGAUUGCCCUGGUUCCUCCUUGGGCUACGUGGCUCAGAGUACCCAAUAUGAAAAGUGUGGAGGUGGGCAAAAUGCCAGAACAAUAUCAAUGAAACAUCUUGAAUCUCGCGGAGCUCCUGGACCAUCUACUUGUCCAAAGGAGACCCAACAGAAGCUGGAUAUGUCAAGCAUUGUUCUUUCACUGAUUCAGAAACUGCUGGGUGAGGGCCCUUCCCUUACCUGUGAUGAACUGUGUGAAGGUGAGAACAGGUGUGCUGAAUCCAGAGCAAACAAAGUAUCAUCCAUGGCCAGAAGAUCUGACAAAUGUGAAGUACAAUGUCAGGAUAAUGCGGAACUGGACUUUAUCAGUGGGAUGAAGCAAAUGAACCGCCAGUUUAUAGAUCAGUUGGUAGAAUCUGUGAUGAAACUAUGCAUGAUCAUGGCUAAUUACAGCAACAAAGAGUCCUUUGCUGAGCUGGAAGAACAAGAAGCAGGCUUGACAAGCAAUCUCAACAUUGGCAGUUCCAGGUGUCAGGAGGCCACAAUGUCACGUAACCGAGACUGUUCUGGGCCUGAAAUUAUUGUUAACAAUCAAUGCUCAACCAGUAACUUGCAAAAGCAGCUGCAGGCUGUCCUGCAAUGGAUUGCAGCCUCUGAGUUUAAUGUGCCCAUGCUCUACUUUGUUGGAGAUGAUGAGGGACAACUGGAAAAGCUUCCAGAAGUGUCAGCCAAGGCAGCAGAAAAAGGCUAUAGUGUGGGAGAUCUGCUCCAAGAAGUCAUGAAAUUUGCCAAGGAACGACAACUGGAUGAAGCCGUAGGGAACAUGGCUAAGAAACAACUCUUAGACUGGCUCCUCAGUCACCUGUAAUAUUAAAACUUCUUCAACUCCCCUUCCCCUUACUCCCCCCUCCCUUUCCCCCUGAACAGCAUUCCAUCUCAGUUGGAGCCACCCCUGAUGGUGAACUGCACAACAUAUGACUGAGUACCAUUACAUCUGAGCAGUUGCAUUGUGCAAAUAAAAGAUGC